CGCUGGGUGCUUUCCUCCUUGAAAUUUAAAUGUGACGAUUUGCCUAACAUCGCGGAGGCUGUGUGUGUGUUUUUAUGAGAAGCGCAAUGUGUAGGAGAGGUUUAUCCAGACCUAUGGUUCCCACAGACUGGCUGUCGCUAUGGCAGACUGAUGCCCGGAGUCCGUCACGCAGAAAACGAGAAUGUCUCCACUAAAUGACCGGGGUUGUCUCUGCCAUUGUAGAGGGCGCGUCCUUUAGACCCUUCUAUUGUGUGAGGUGCAUACCUCUGUGACGGGGAGGUGUGUGCUACUGAUGGUUCCUCGUGAUAUUUGUAAGAUCCACCAGUCAGAGGGCUGGCAGACCGAGACCAACUCGCCAACGGUAAAGGGUCCCGGGGUGACUUGUCCUGUACAGAGGCAGGACGCCUUCAGGAGAAUCAUCGAGAAAUUUGAGGAACGCUAUGGGAGCCUGCUUCGAUUCUUUUGUGGGAAUUGUCCGACCAGAAGUACAUGUACCGGAGCAGGUGUAUCCAAACUGUGAAUGCCCGCAUCCGAGAGAUCACCAAUUAUGGUUGCCAAUGGCAACGGAGAGCCAGACUGUCCUGCUGACAGAGACAAGGUCAUGUGACGACAGGACACGUCCGUCAACCGUUGACGAAUUCUCUUUGUCAUCUUUCACUGGCCCAGCAUGCCGACCAGACGCGCCCGGACAAGGCUGGUUAAGUGCGGGGCAGGACAAUACGACAGGGGGUUGUCGCGGUGCCACUGUCCUGCCGAUGUGUCCAGCCCUCCUGAUUGAUGCCAGAACACAAGCACGUAAUUACAACGUACCGUCACAGCCAUGGCGGCGACAAGAUGGCGGCCAGGCACCCACCUGGACACGAACAAUGGCGGGAACAAGUGGCUAAAGAGAGGGAGUCCCCAGGGGCGGUUACGGUCUGAACACGGGCGCAUCCAGGGGGUGGGGCCGCCUCGGACUCACACUGCGUCCCAUUAAGAGAUGGACUCCGGCUCCAUUACUUACGUGUAAUUAGUCCCGCCAAGGUCAACAAAGUUCAACAGAUGAACUUCUGGUACCCAGGGAGGGAAACAGAAUGGCGAUGACAUUGACAGUGAACAACGACGGACGGCAGAAAUGCAGACCAAGAAGGCAAACUUGAAGGCAAUGGAUCCCUUUGACACAUCUUAUCCUCUGCUGAUUCGAACUGAAUAGACCUCAUGAUGUAAACAACAACGACUACACAGAGAUGUGCAUGGUUGUUCAAGUUACAGAACCUGUGACAACACAAAACUUCGGCCGUGUGACACCAUUACACACAGAAAUGGCAUUUUCACCGACCGCUUGUCUUCUAAACAACUCCUGUCGGCUUAUUCAGUUGGAUUCUGUGGAUUGACGAAAGGAUUACCCGCAGACAGAGUUGUUACGUUACGGGAGGUGCUCCAUGUGAGAAGGAUAUCACGGAGUACGUAUACUGGACGGCAAGGAUUCUAAUGGAACGUCACAGCGCAGAGCACGACGGGAGCGUCGUGAUUCAUGGUGAGGAUAUUCACCUUUCCCGCGAUGCGGAAACUUUCUAACGGAAACAGCGUCAACGGAAGGGCGGCCAAAGUUCGUCAGUGGGCCAACCCUGUAGGAUCUAGGAGUAAACACAGAACAAGUCACACAACAGACGGGCGGACAUGCUAGGGGACGCACGGACUUUUCUGUGUAUGUCAGCGGAGUUACUGUGGAUGUGGUGUUUAUAUAUGAUUAGAUGAAUCUUUUGAUAACACUGAUUAGACAAAUCUUUCAAUAGCACAAAGAACACAGCGCAAGGAAGCAGAAGGAAACAUAUCUCUGGAAAUGUUUCUUUGCUUUGUCAGCCUAAAUAGCAAUUGCCAUUUCAUACCCUACCGUAUGUGUUAAAACACUAGGGAAAUUUCUGACAAGCAGUGACAACUCAAAGUGUUCCAUUCAUUUCUCUUUUGAUACAAAUGUCAAUGUUUAUGGAAGUGGUCCGAGAAUCGCUACUUACCUGUCGUUUUGUUGUCUUGUUGCAUACUAUAGUAGCUAAACAUACAAUGUCUUUUCGCUACAAGUGAUCCGUUUUCUGUCCUAUUAUUAACAACGACCAAGAUGAAACAUAUUUAUGAAUCUUCACUUUGUUGUUUUAUUUUUCUUGAGUGUUUUAGAUGAGGAUUAAGUUUUUGGCAAGCACAUGGACUGGACAGUGAUCAUUCAUCAUUACUUAAUGUUAAACACUGACCCCCUUAUGGCGUCCGUGUGGUCAGGGCAGUUUGGAAUAGGCUCGGUACGACUUGAGCCGCUCGACCCGCGCAUGGGGGUCUUGCUUUGUCUCGUGCCUAGCUGGUCUCUGAUUGGUCGACGGCACGCUUCCCCAUCCCCCUCGCACGCCCUUCGUGCGAUCCCAACAAAACAAACGACACGACAGAGACGCUAUAAAUGCGCCCACUUGUCCACUCCUGGUCAGAAUCCUUCAAGACACCGUGAGCCAUGGAAGACUACAGUCCCAUCCACACCAGCGAGCUGUCCGCUGCGCCAUUCUGUUGGAGUCCGCUCAAGGCUGCGGCGGCACCGGCAGACCACAUGUUCGGCCAUGCCAUGGGGCACAGUACCGUGGACGGGAGCAUCCUCUCGUCAUACGAACAGUUCAUGCCGUACGGAGGGGACAUGAUGCAGGAGGCAGAGGGUGAGAGGGAUGCAGGGAGGAGGAGGGAGGGGAGAAGGGCACGAGCCAGUCGGCCCAGGAGGUGUCAGCCCACUCCCAACAUCCUCCGCUACCGUCGUCUGGCAGCUAACGCCCGUGAGCGCCGUCGGAUGCACGGGCUGAACGACGCCUUCGACAGACUGCGACAGGUCGUGCCUGGCAUCGGAGACGACCGCCAGCUCUCCAAGUACGAGACACUUCAGAUGGCACAGAGUUACAUCCUCGCCCUGAAGGAACUCCUGGACGACGAGGUAACCGUCCCCGACACGGGAUCCACCGCGGCGUCCAGACCGAGCAGUCCCGAAGGACUCAGUUCCAGCAGCUCGGUAAGGGACACAGACGAAGAUUUUCCCACUCAAAACAGAGGGACGACACGCCUAGAUGGUAUCUCCGGGGAAGACGAGGAAAUGACAAGGCGGGCUGGGGAGACCGGUUCAGCCGAGGACAGUGGGUGGAGAGUUCAGGCAUUCGCCGUCUUUCACGACACGGACUCUGAGCUGCUGACAGCCGCCACAAAAGAGAACUUUCCUGGGGGCCGAUGGGGGCUAGACCGCUGAUCUUCUGACUUUGUCAACUCUGGACGCGCUCUGUACAUAUGCCCGUCAUAGCCUGUACUUAGCCACUACAAUAUGCACAAUGGAGAGUCUAGGUGAGGCAUUGUUACCUUGUACAAUGACGACCAUUCAAUUGUAAAAAGCCCGUAAACAGAACUGCUGUUUCCUAUUAUUCCAUGUACUGUUGAUAGUCCUAAAGUCAUCAGUCGGACAGACUGACACACUCCACUGGCUCUCAAGUGCUGUUACAUCAAACAGUUCCACAUACUUCACAUGCUGUAAAACUGUGGGACAAAUAUGACCCAAAUCCUGCUUCCACUUCAAACGAUACUUCCUAGCUUCCAUAAUAUAUCGCUGUAUUUUCUUACGACUCCGCUUUGUUGUCCAACAUACGAAUGUUCUCCAUGACUUCACAAGAGACUAUUUCUUACCAUACAGUCAUAGUUUAUAUUUUGGGCAAUAUGAUGAUGACAGUAUUUAAUGUAUAUGAUGACUACCCAUAGCAUCGUCAGAAACAUGCAUUUGUGCAGACUAUGAAAAAUGCUUGUGUUACAUGCUUAUGGACGAAAUAGAGUGAUAUUUUUCAUAUUGAAACGAUGGGAAAUAAACUAAUCCUACAAACCUA